AUGUCUGUUCCGAACCAACGACGUUCUAUUAUUAUUAACCCUCCUCCACCAGAAUACAUAAAUCACAGAAAUAGUGGUUGUCAAACAAACCAACUUCAGUACUUAGAGAGGGUGGUCUUGAAAGCCCUGUGGAGACAUAACUUCUCGUGGCCAUUUCUUCAGCCUGUAGAUGCAGCAGCACUGAAUCUUCCUGAUUACUACAGUAUUAUAAAGAAACCUAUGGACUUGAGCACCAUUAAAAAGCGUCUGGAACACAAUUAUUACACAAAAGCUGCAGAAUGUACUGAAGACUUUAAAACUAUGUUCUUUAACUGCUACGUAUAUAACAAGCCUGGUGAUGACAUUGUGUUUAUGGCCCAAGAACUAGAAAAAGUGUUUAUGCAGAAAAUAGCCCAAAUGCCACCAGAAGAAAAAAUAUUGAUUCCCAACAAAGGAAAGAGAAAACGAAAUAAGCCAGAAGAAACACAGCAGCCAAAUUCUGGGACUUCAAAUGAACAAACCACAACUCAGAAACAAGCUGAAAGCAGUGAGCAGCCUCCAUUGAUGACUCAAGAGCGACAUCAUGUUAAACUACCUCCUUUGGCUGCUGCUCAGCUGACUACUUUAAUGCCAACUGCAGUCCCUAAAACAGAAGCAAAAAAAGGUGUGAAAAGGAAGGCUGACACUACAACUCCUACUACUUCAAUAUUCACAGCCAAGGGUAAAUUUUCUGUAACAUUUAAUGAAAGAAAAGCUGAUGCAUGAAGAGGUGAAAAUGAAUGUAUGAUACCAAAUAAUCUUCCAACAGAUUCUCAGCAGUCACCUCAAAUUCUUAAAAAGACUCAGUUGUCAAAACAACUAAAACAUUGUAAGGAAAUACUCAAAGAAAUGUUUUCAAAGAAACAUGCAGCAUAUGCACAGCCUUUCUUAAAACCUGUUGCAUCUUUUUCGCUUCAUGAGAAUCAAGGGAUCACCAAACAUCCUACAGACCUGGGAACCAUUAAAAAAAAAAUGGAUAAUUUUGAAUAUAGAGAUAUACAAGAAUUUGCUACAGAUGUUAGAUUAAUGUUCAUGAGAUGCUACAAACAUUAUCCUCCAGACCAUGAAAUGGUUGCUAUGGCAAGAAAAUUUCAGGAUGUUUUUGAGGCGCACUUUGCGAAAAUUCCUGACAAACCUGUUGCAAGUGUUCCUCUGCAACAGCCAACAAAAGAAGUUACAGAAUCUUAUUCUAGUGAGAGCAGUACUGAUGACUCCUCUGAAGAAAGAUCAUCUGAAGACACUGAACAGGAGAGAGCAAUGCACAUUGUCAAGCUUCAGGAGCAUCUUAAAGCUAUUCACCAGCACUUGCAGGCUCUAACCAGAGGAUGCUUACCUAGACUGAAAAAGAAAAAAGAGAAGGCUAAAAGGGAGAAAAGUAAGAACAAGGAAAAAUCCAAAAUAAAAAGCCUGAUUCAAAAGAAGAAAAACCUAAAACACCAGAGGAAAUCUAAGAAAAAGCUGUCUUUAAACAUUCAAUCAAAGAAAACCAUGCAGCAGGUCUUGUUGGCAUGUAAGUCAGAAGAUGAAGAUGGUGCCAAGUCUAUGAAUUAUGAUGAAAAAAGACAGCUGAGUUUGGACAUAAAUAAACUCCCUGGAGAUAAGCUUCGGAAAGUUGUCCAUAUAAUACAGUCAAGAGAACCUUCACUGAGGAACUCUAACCCUAAUGAGAUAGAAAUUGAUUUUGAAACUUUAAAGGCUUCAACACUCAGACAACUACAGAAAUAUGUGGCAAUCUGUUUGAGGAAGAGACCAAGCAAGCAGCAGGAUAAAAUACCAACAAAGUCAAAAGAAGAACUUAUUUCUGAGAGGAAACAAGAGCUCCAGAAGAGACUACUGGAUGUCAAUGGUCAACAGAACCCUAAGAAGAACCUCAAGUUUGAAAACAGUGUGAAGUCCAGUCUUAGACCAAGCAGACUGAGUGACAGCAGCAGCUCCUCAGACUCUAGCAGCAGUUCUAGCAGUGGUUCUAGCUCCUCAGAUAGCAGUGACUCUGAAUCAGUGACAGAAACCUGUUUGAAACAGACUGGAAUGAGGCAGAACUGUCCAACUUUUACGGAAAAGCCUAAGAGGACAUCUUGCAAUGCUGUUCUGCAAGCACAGACCUCAUCUCUUACUAGUAACUUGCAGAACUGUGGAUUGUUUAAACUGCAGCAGCCACCUCCCAACGUACUGCAGAGACUUCAGCCUUUACAGAAUAGAUCACUUAAGCCAUCAGAACAAAAAUCCCAGUCUCCUUCAGGUAUGAUCUCGGCUGUGUCUGCUCUGUGUGAUGCUCCAGACCAACAAACGCCUCCAGAUAGUCCAAGGACAGAUCAGUCUUCUCUCACCCAGUGCACACAUGCCCUUCCAGAGGUAUCCAACACAACUUCCCAGGUUGACAGUGCUGACUGCAGUAAACAAGAUGAGCAAACAUUACAGCUAGAUGAAUCAAAUACACUUCAAAACAAGGACAGUGAGAAAACUGAGUCAAUAUCCAUAAGUCAAGAUCAAAGUCAUUGUACACCUAGUGAUGAACCUAAUGGCAAAAACACAGUGGAACCAAAAUCCAAAAUUCUUCAAAGAAAUGACACAAGAUUUAAGAAUAUAGAUUCCUGGGUGAGCUUAUGUAAAUCAAUGACACGUCCAGCUCCGAUAAAAGUAUCUGCUGAGAGCUUCAAAGAGUUCAGGGAAGCUGCAAUAAAGAAAAGGAGUGAGGAGGCCAAGAGAGAACUGCAGAAAAUUACUGAAGGAAAAGAGAGGUUUGUAACCAUUGGCCAUGAAGGCACAGGCCUGGGUGCCAUGGCAGCAACAGCCUGUGAGCCCCAGAAAGAGCAGAACAAACAACUGCCUGAAGCUCAAGAACCUACUCCUGUUCAAGACCGUAACUUGGCUAGAAAAAUGGAACAAGAACGCAGGAGGACAGAAGCAAUGUCUUGGACAAUUGAUAUAUAUCAGCAGAGUGACAUUAUGGCAGCUUUUGAAGAAUAUCUUCAGUAA